CAGAUGUUACUAGAAAAGCCUCAGAGACAGAAAUGAAAAUGGUAAAAGAAAAGGUCAGUGUCUCUUCACUGAUGUUAGACACUGGUAAUGAAAUGAAGACACUUAAUCAAAGAUCAAUCAUAGAUCAAAUCCAGCUGAACAGAGAGUCUACUUUGGAGACUCCAUCAAAAGAUAAGGCAAUGGAAGAACAAUUGUUUUCUUGCCCAACGAUACAAUUUGUGCCAUCUCACGUGAAGACUGAAACUGAAUACCACCAGUCCGCUUUAUUCGAAAUCUGUCCCAGUGUGACAAAGAUUGCUGGCAUGCCGUCUAAAUUGCCUGUAAAAGAGAAACACUGGCUCAUCAAUCCAAAGCCAAUCUGGGAGAAACAAUCAAAAACGAAUGUAAUAUUCAGGCCAAAUGCAUCAAAGGAUGAUACAAAGAACACAAAGGGAAUGAUGUUAAUGCUACCCUCUUGUCCCAGAGAGGCCAAGAAUCCUGGGUUUCCAUCUGCACCACAAAACAGUUUAGUUUUCCAUGGACCAAAUAUGGAGGAUACUUACCCUGAAGAUUCUUGCAUACCAGUCAUCCCUUCAAUUCCACAACCUACUAUAGCACAUCAUCGAUCAGAUAUGAUGAGUCUUUUAAGUUCUUGCCCCAAAACGUCUUGUAUUGAAGGAGUUCCAUCAUUAAAGGAACAUUUGAGCAAAACCUGGGCUACAGAUCACAAACCUUUAGUGGAACGAUAUUCAAAAAUGAAUACAGCCAUGAUUGAAGAGAGACCUUACAAUGAAGACUUGAGGGCCAUGUCGGCUUUAGCCCCAACUUGUCCAAAAGCAGCUAGUAUCCCUGGUUUUCCUUCUGCUCGGGGACCUACAGUAAGCUAUAAAGGAUUUAGCAGGGUCAAUCUCCUUCCAUCUUGCCCGGCUACCUCAAGUAUGGCUGGUUUUCCUUCAAUACAGAACGCUGACAGUAAAGAUUGGAACACUGUUUAUCUGCCAUUAUGGGAGAAGCAAAUGAAACAGGAUUCUGUGUUACUACUGGAUGAUAAAAGGGACAAAGACAUGAAAGGAGUUGUGUGUCUUGUACAAAGUUGCCCAAGAGAAUCACUCAUCCCUGGCUUUCCCUCUGUCCCUAAACCAAGGAUGAUUGAUGUUGUUGACAUGACAAAUAUGGUCAGCCUUUUGAGCUCAUGCUCACAAGUGUCACAAAUAACCGAAUUUCCAUCAUCUCAUACUUCAAAAGAUUGGAUAGUGAGCAGGAAACCAGUAUUUGAACCAGGUUUAAAAGAAAAGCAGGUGUUAUUGAUUGACAAAUGUGAUGUUCAAAAGAAAUCAAUGAAAGAAAUGGUUUCUCUUGUACCAUCCUGUCCAAGAGAGGCACAGGUGCCAGGAUUUCCUUCUAAUCCAAAUUACGGAACUGUGUAUAAUGAACCAAAUAUCAUUAGCCUUUUUACAUUGUGCUCACAAGCCUCCAAGAUUCCUGGAUUUUCUUCAGUUAAUGUGGAUAUGAGUGUUGGAUGGGUAGCAGAAAAGGGGUCAUUGCUGAAGAGGUUACCAAAGAAGAGGGUCAUAUUUGACACUCCAAAUGAGAGCAGAAAGAUAAUGAAGAAUAUGGUUUUGUGUGUACCAUCCUGUCCUAAAGUGUCAAGUAUCCCUGGUUUCCCAUCUAUUCCUAAUCCAAAAAUGGUGUAUUAUGGACUAAAUGAAGUCAACCUCCUUCCCUUGUGCCCCCAAGUGUCUAGCAUACCUGGAUUUCCAUCAGUUGAAGAUCACAAGGAAGAAGGAUGGGGUGCCGAACUGGGUUCAUUGAUGCAAAGAGCACAAAAGAACAUUCAAAGGAUUAACAUCUCACCAAUUCAUGUUGACAAACCCAACAACAUGUAUGCUAUGGUUCCUUCUUGCCCAGUAACAUCAAAGAUUCCAGGCUUCCCAUCUUUCUCUCAAUACAAUAUGCUGAGUCUUGUACCUAUUUGCAACAGAGUAUCUAAUCUCCCUGGAUUUGCAUCCUUUGUAGGGGCCUCAAAAUUACAAUGGCCUCCUAAUCCACAUGCAUUGUGUGAUAAACCACCAAAGAACCCUGUUUUUGUGAUGCACAGUCCGAAUCAAGAUGGAGUAACUGCAAAGACAAUGUUUGCCUUAGCACCAUCUUGCCCAGAAGCAUCCAGAAUCCCUGGCUUCCCCUCUGCACCUCAAACCAAAUCCAAGAUGGAACCCAAUAUGAUAAGUUGUGUACUUAGCUGCUCUAGUGCUUCAAGUCUCAAAGGGUUUGCAUCCAUAACUACACAGCCAAACACAGGGUGGCUAACUGAAACAAAACCAAUAUUGAUAAAGCUUUGGGAGAAGAGGGCACCGAUGAUGAUGAUGUCACUUGCUGGACAGGACGAGCUAAAUUCCUACAACAUGAAAGCCAUGGUGACAUUAGUGACCUCCUGCCCUAAAGAGGCCAGAGCGUGUGGUUUUCCUUCUGCUCAAGUUGCAAACAUACCACCAAACAUGGUCAGUUUAUACACAUCUGCACCAUGUGUUUCAUGUAUCCCAGGCUUUCCAUCAGCAAGGACGCUUAGUUACUUGCAAUUUACAAAUAUACAAACUAAGACAACACACAGCAAGCCAUUGUUUGAGAAGCUGCAGAAAGAGAAGCAGUUAGUCAUUGCAAAAAGUCAAUCCAAAGAAAACAAUCAGCCAGAUGAAUCGAAGAACAUGGUAGCAAUUGUCCCAUCAUGUCCACAUUUAACCAGAAUCCCUGGGCUCCCCAGCAUUUCCCAACUGAAUCCAACAGAGAAGGAAACAAUGACUAUGCCAGUCCCUUGUUGUACAGAAAUGGUUACAUCACAUGAAUUGCCUAAUGGACAGUCAACUCAAUCGCAUCUCAAGGACCCAAGAACUGCUGGUGUUCCCUCUACAUCUUUUAACCUCCCCAGCACAGAACUUGCAGAUGAGGAGAAAUUCAAAGGCAGUGCAAAGCAAAGCAUAGACCUGUGUGUAGAGAAUGGCAAAUCACACAUAGAAAGGAUUGUUGCAGAGAAAUCCCAGACAAGGAAAAGAACAUUGGACCCAUCAGUCCCAGCAGGAGUCUUGGAUUGGGAAGUAUUGGAGGCGGAGGAAACAGUUACAAAAAAACAGACACAAUCCUCUUUGUCAGCAAAAAAAGAAGAGUCUUCAGGAAUAGUAAAUGUUAUUGCGGGUGUUUUCCACAAAGGUUAUGAAACAGUAGCAUCCAUUUUGGGGCCAUCUAGCUCCGCUCUAGCUGAAGUGGAGCACCAACCGAAGGCGGUCUUUUCUAUGGAUCUGAGAGACAAGACAGUGACCCCUUCAGAUGAGUUUUCAACGCAUUCUGUGGACAACACUACUGCCCUUCAAAAGAUAGAGAACCAGUUUGAAGACGUUCCCCCACAACAUAACACUGAAUAUCUCACAAUUGCUGAGCCUUACAUGUUGGACUUGGCACUUGGUGAUCAAUCAGCGUCGCCAUCACCUCCUACCAGUGAAAGUGAUGAGGGGAUUUCAGUUUGUGUAAACAUGAAGAAAUGGCCACCACUGACUGAAGCAGAUAUCUCUAACAUAUCAAAGGAAGAUGGUGAGCAAGUACAAGAGGCCUGUCUUGAUCAUACAAAGGAGAGAUCACUCACAGGGCAGGACUCUGAUGAAACACCUGUAUCCUAUGAAAGUUUGUUAGAAAGGCACCAGUCUGAGACAGAACAAGAUGAGGUUAGGACAGUGUCAACUUCUCCACAGCUGGAUAAAGGGUGAGUGCUGGGGUUCAAUGACCCAUUUAAGUGUUUGGUUGCACGGUGUGGUAGUGUACAUGUACUGCAUUUUUGGUGAUAACAUUGUCUCUUGUUCUGCUUAUGAGCACUUACUCCUUUGGAAAUUGGACAUUUUUAUGGUCAGCUAUUUGGGAUGGCAGUAAAGAUUGGCAAUGUGAUGUGGAAAGGUAAUUUUUCCUUUUUUGUUGCGUUGUUCGUAGGUGUUGUCUUUAUGUCCUUUAUGUACCGCUUGGUUCUUUCAAUAGCAGUGUGCAUAUACACAAGUAAAGCUGAAUAUUUACAAUGACAGACAGUGUUUUGCUUUGCAAUGCCUAAUAAGAUUAGGAUGCUGUCUUUCUGGUUUGGUUUGGAUUAACUGGUUGCAAAUGAGGUGCACGGUACAACUAUGACAAUAUAAAAACAGCAAUUUCUGAAGCUUUUCCUUUCUUUUCUUUAAGACCUCAACAAACAAAUACGGAAGG